AUGACAACCCCCGAGUGGAAGUAUUACCCCAUCAAUGGAAUCUCGGUGAAUUCCGAGGAGCCAUCCAAGUUGGGUCCUGAGGUUCAAGUUCCUAUCCGUCAAGAAAUCGACUCAUGGAGCAACAACCCUGCCAAUGAGAAGCAAGUCAAACUAUUUGUGAUGGCAUUGUCUCGCUUCCAAAAGAUUGACCCCAAAGAUCGAGACUCGUACUUCCAGAUUGCUGGAAUUCACGGACAGCCCAAUGUACCAUGGGAUGAGCCUAUUGACUCCAAGGAUGCAGAGGGAAGAGGAUACUGUACUCAUAACAAUAUCCUGUUCCCCAUCUGGCACCGUGCUUAUCUUGCACUUUACGAGCAACGUCUACACGAAAUCAUGAAGCAAGAAAUUGUCCCUGCUUUUGCGGAGGACCUCCGCCCCGAAUGGAAGGAAGCCGCUGAUGGAUGGCGUCUGCCUUUCUGGGACUGGGGUGUCACUACUUCAGUUCCGGAUCUUUGCAAAUACCCAUACAUAUUUGUGCCGACCUCGGAUGGUACCGGUGAAGAGAACAUCAACAACCCACUCUUCCAAUUCCGCAUGCCGACCAACCAGCCCAUGUCCACUGCUGGUGUUGAUAACUUCAAGGACCCCUGGGUCGACGAUGGAGAUAUGCUCUACUUCGGUGAAUGUAUUGGAACUACCCGUUGGCCUGAUGAGGGCGAGACUGCCUCUGGUACUCAUACGUGGAAGUACGGUGUGGUAAAUAACUACAAGGUGCAGGAAGCACUGAAGAAGCCAGUUUGGCUGGGCGAGUCUCCUUACGGUCAGCCUGCGGAGAUGGUCUACCGUCUAUUGACGGUUCCCAUGGACUAUUCUACAUUUGCAACAACGGCUCAGUUGUCCGAUAACCCGGAGGUUCAAAACGACAUCAACCUUGAGUACAUUCACAACAACAUCCACGGUUGGGUUGGCGGUGAUUUCAACGGACACAUGUCUCAGAUCCCAGUGGCGACAUUUGAUCCUAUCUUUUGGCUUCACCAUUGUAACAUCGAUCGCAUCUUUGCCCUGUGGCAAGCCCUCAACCCGGAUAAGUGGUUCGAGAAGUCGAAGGUCAACGCAUUCUUCCAGGAAACAAUUGGUCUUCCCGAUGGUGCAGAAAUUACUCCGGAUACAGAGCUACGCCCAUUCCACAAAGACACCACUGGAACUCUCAUGAAGCCCAAGGAUAUUCGUUGGCCUUACAAGCUCGGCUACACAUACCCGGAGUUGCAGACCUGGAACUACAAGCCUGAAGGCUACACUUCCGAAAGCUUCAUCUCAACCCUCCGACAAACCGUAAACAACCUUUACGGCGUAUCGAGAAAGCAAUUGAUUGAUGCAACCAACAACAUCGAGGGAGUAGAUUAUCUUGAGGACGGCUCUAAGUCUCUUGAUUAUUCGUUCAGCAUUCGCUACCGCAAAUAUGCCCUCGAUGGGGGUGAACCCUUCUGGAUUCGCAUAUACAUCUCGCAGGAUGGAAAGACGCACAACGCGACCCAAGACUUGGUUACUGAAGUUUACAACUUCAGUCAGAAGCCUGAGGACAAAGCAGGAAAGCUUGCAUGUGGAAACUGCAAGGACAACAAGAACAAGAAUAUCAAGUCUACUGCGAGCAUUUCUCUCACUCCAAUCUUGAUUGCUCUUCUCAAGUCAGGCAAAGACUUGGCCAGUCUUGCCAGGGACGACGUCCUAAGCUUCAUCCGGAGCAGGGCUUAUUGGAGAGUCUUCAAGGGCGGUAAGGAGGUACCCUCGUACCAGGUGGAGGCUCUCGACCUCGAGAUCAUCGGAAGCACCAACGACUCGACAGUCUACAAUGACGCCACGAAGGCUCCAAAGCUGGAAAACUUCAAGGAAGAGCCUACCAUCUCCGACGGAGCAGGUGGUGCCCUAAACCCAGACCUCAAGCAGCCCGUGACAAUUGCACCUCCAGUGGUUGCAGUGAUCCCCAAGGCUGGCCUCAAGGUCAACUCCUCCCUACCAUUCAAGCAAGCCUUGAAACCCGACGGGGUGGUGAUCAUCGACUCGACCAGCUUGAACCUGACACCAGCUAAGACCUCUGGCAUUGAUAACACCCAGAUCUAUCUGAACGAGGGUAAGAACGGAGAUGGCGAUAUCCUGUUCCUCCUCUCCAUUAGGCGAUCCGAGAACCAGAUUGUCUUCAACACUAAGAUCAACAACUCCUUUGGAAAGGAGGUUCGUAUCCCGCUGGAGAAGAGGUUCAAGGGCACAACGCCUUCUAUCCUUAUUCAUGACCAGGAUGAUGGUUAUGAGGUCUUCAUUGACUGGAAGCACGCCCUGUACUUCCCUAAGCGGGCUGUCGGCAAGGUGGCUCAAUCAGUGUCGUACAGUGUCAAUGCUGGGCAAACACCUGUGUGGUCUUCUAACCUGAAGGUGAAGGUGUACGAUUCGAUGAGGGGGGUGUUCCACCACUAG